GCCAAAAAGCAUGUCAGAUAACCCAAAGUUUAAUAUUGCAUUCAUCCAUCCUGAUUUAGGAAUAGGAGGGGCGGAACGAUUAGUGGUGGAUGCAGCGGUUGGUAUCCAAAAUAAAGGGCACAAGGUUGUCAUGUAUACAAGUCAUCACGAUCCUCUUCAUUGCUUUGAAGAAACACGAGAUGGAACACUGGAAGUGCGAGUUCGCGGCAAUUCCUUACCUCGCGACAUCUUUGGAAGACUUUAUAUUGUAUUUGCCAUACUUCGUCAGUUGGCGCUUGUGCUUUGGAUAUUAAAACACGAAAAAGAAACCUACGAUAUUAUCUUUGUGGAUCAAUUAAGUGCAUGUGUACCUAUCCUAAAAUGGUAUUGCCCUGCCAAAAUUCUGUUUUAUUGUCAUUUCCCGGACAAACUUUUAACAAAGCGUGAUUCUAAAUUAAAAGAAAUAUACCGUGUUCCUAUUGAUAAAUUGGAGGAAUGGUCAACAGGCAUGGCAGAUACGAUUACUGUCAACAGCAACUUUACAGCCGGUAUGUUUCGACGUGCUUUUCCUUCCAUCUUUAAAAAGCCUCGUGUUCUCUAUCCUCCCAUCAAUUUUGCUGCCUAUGACAAAAAAGUCGAUUUAUCAGACCCUUCUGUCCAACUUGUUGAAUCGCACAAACACACGAUUGUUUCCAUCAACCGAUUUGAAAAGAAAAAGAACGUGGAAUUAGCUUUGAGAGCUUUUGCUUUACUUGAAAACGAUGACUUAGUACCUAAAGAAACCUUUGAACAAUACCGUCUUGUACUUGCAGGAGGUUAUGAUAAACGCGUACGAGAAAAUGUAGAAUAUUUAAAGGAAUUGGACACACUUGCUCGCGAGACAUUUGGUUUAGAAACGUAUACGAUUUUCCCCACCUCAACGGAGAAACCACCUGCCAGUGCUCAAGUUAUUUUUGUCUGCUCGUUUAAUGAUGCACAACGUACGUAUCUGUUGGACCAGUCCAUGCUGUUGUUAUACACACCUGCCAAUGAACAUUUCGGAAUUACACCUGUGGAAGGCAUGUAUGCUUCUUUACCGGUGAUUGCGGCUAAUAGUGGCGGUCCCUUGGAGACGGUGAAGGACAAAGAAACCGGUUUGAUUCUGGCUCCGGAGCCAGAGAUAUGGGCUCAGGGCGUGCGUGAUUUUAUCUUGGGGAAAUAUGAUACGGUAGAAAUGGGAAAGGUUGGAAGAGAAUAUGUAAAGUCUAAAUUCUCGUUGGAAGCUUUUGCAGAUCAAUUUGAAGACGUGUUGGAGGAAUUGGCGUCAGGUGGAAGACCUACCAAUCAUCACUAUGAUAAUGUAGAGUAUGCUAUGCGUGUAAUUGUUGCAAUUGGCCUCUUUGUUAUUUGGUACAAGUACUGUUAAAAUUCAAAAAUAGUGUGGGGGUUUGAGAAGGCAGGUUGCCAGCUUGAAUUCUAUUUUAUAUUAUUUGUUCCUGUGUGCUUCGAGUAUAACGGCAAAUAAAAUCAUGUCUACCCUACAAAGGGGAUGUAUUCUAUCAUAAAAA